AUGGGUUUAAUGCGAUCGAUGCUUCCAAAUGCAAAGCAAAUUUUCAGAUCACAAUCUAUGAGGAACAAAAAUGGAUCACCAUCACCUUCAUCGUCAUCAACUUCAGGGCUUGUUCCGAAAGGUCACGUGGCUGUUUACGUGGGAGAAAGAAUGGAGAAGAAAAGGUUUGUGGUUCCGAUAUCAUACUUGAACCAUCCUUUGUUCAGAGAGUUCCUUAAUCGCGCAGAGGAAGAGUUUGGAUUUCAUCACCCGAUGGGAGGCUUGACCAUUCCUUGUCGAGAAGAAGCGUUUCUUCGCCUCAUUACUUCUCACCAGCUGCAUUAA